CGGAGGCUGUGCAAGUACUGCAGCACCGGCAGUGCAAGGUGCAGGUUUAUUGCCGAAAAAUGCAGCACUAAGCGGUUCUUCGGCUGCGUGCAGUAGUGCUCGCCCCGUAGCAGAAGUGCAUCCCGGCCAAGAAUGGCAAAUGAACCGUUGUACCCGUGGUGGAGGAGCAGGAGCGUCACCGUUCAAGCGACUGCAGGAGCAAGCGAGCGCAACAUCAUGCGGCGCUCCUCCCGCAUUCCCCAGCAGAACCUCCUCGCCUGGCCAGCAUGAGAAUCCUGCAGCCUUGGACUUCGGAUUCGGAAGCUGCACGACGCGGG